UAGCCAGAAGACUGGCCCUGGUCAUUAAUAACCAAGAACGGGGCUGGUUGGAGUCCAACUGAGGAGGGUUUCAGUCUGUAGGACUUUGCCUUCUCAGAUGAGUGAAAUUAUAUUGCAUUAUGGGAUAGAAGAGACAACGGGAGUUCCUGCAGUCCUCCAACAUGUCUAUAUGUUUAAUGUAAAUGUUAAGAUGCUACUGUGCACGCACUAGACAUGCCUCUGUUAUAUCCCUUCUUUUAACCUUUAGUGAAUUAUUCUCUGAUGUGCAUUUACUUAUUGUUGGUGUUAUUGAUAUUAUGUAUUAAGUAUAGGCUAAUACUGGCUGAUAUUAGGAUUACUGCUGAUAAAACGGUAAGUGCUAGUGCCUUGGGUAUUUUCAUAUUUUUCAGUGAAAUACAUUUUCCUAAGCAAUUGCUUCAGUUAUACUUUCUUGUAAAUAUUUUUUGUUUCCAGUAUGUUCAAAUUGUUUUUCACCUAUCUGAAUGUAAAAACCUAAUUUAAGAUGCACUACAUGGCCAAAAGUAUGUGGACACCUGGCAUCCAACGUAAAUGGUAAAUGGACUGCAUUUAUAUAGCACUUUUAUCCAAAGCGCUUUACAAUUGAUGCCUCUCAUUCGCCAGAGCAGUUAGGGGUCUUACUCGAGGACACUUCGACACGCCCAGGGCGGGGUUUGAACCGGCAACCCUCCGACUGCCAGACAAUCGCUCUUACCUCCUGAGCUAUGUCGCCCCCAACGUCUCAUCCAAAAUUAUGGGCAUUAUUAUUAUUAAUAAUAAUAAUAAUAAUAAUAAUAAUAAUAGUAAUAAAACCUCCAUUCUUCUGUGAAGGCUUUAUACUAGAUGUUUGAUUACUGCUCCAUGCACUAAUAGAUUUUUCUAUUUCUCGCAUCUCUAGCAUAGCCUGUAAUUGAGCCUGCACUGUUUUUUUUUGUGUUCAGGCAUUCGAAAGGGUGGAGAAUGCAUCGUCACCCCUGGAGACAUUUCAGUAUGGUGGCGAAUGAGAUUUGUGUGUGCUGGCAGGGAGAACAAAGAGUUUUUGUAAUUGAGCCACAUCUGCUCUCUGGCACACUUGAAAGUGUCAUGCAAGUUAGAAAACAAAAAAAAAAAAAAAAAAACUGUUCUCUGCACUGGUCUGUAUAUCUUUUUGUUUGUACUGCUUACAUCAUCUGAAACUGCCAGCAGGCUUAUCAAUAGAAAAUGUUAAGAGAUUAAGGGACUAUAACUCGCAACAAGAUUUACACAAGCAUGAGAAUGAUCACCUUUUUGGAUAAUCUGUUCAUCUCUGUGGUGUUUGAUUAUUUCCCCUUGCUCUGAUAAAGCCGAAGAUCUAAACAUUGGCUUUUUCAUCCAGUGUCCCAGUUCAGUAAAAAUAAAAGCCUCAAACAUUUGACCCUUUACGCUAUAAUUCCUGGGUCAGGGGACUUCUGUUUCCUCUGUGAAUGGUCUGGCCCUUCUUGUUUGGUGAAGACUCCUUUAUAGUGAGCAGAGACUAAGAGCUAGUAUGUCCCAGCAGAAAGUCCUCUUUGGAGUGGAGCCACUGGAUUGCUAGGAGAACGCUGAGAGGACAGGAGUUAAAAGGAGGCUGAACCAUUAAUUAUUGAGCCAGGCAGAGGGGUGGGCUUUUGCUUAACUCUGCCACCAAGGAGCAAAACGGCUUCAACGAGGGAAAAACAGUUCUUCAGAGAGACCUUUACAGAAUAUGAAAAAACGGGCUCAAAUUAAUUCGUUUAGGGGUGUUUUCUAGUUUUAUUUAGAUUUUGAGUGCUCUCCUGUUUCUGGAAAAUAUAUUUGUGAAGUGCCUGAGAUGCUGGCUGUGCAUUUGCUCUCGUUUUACUUCUCCAAACUGCAGGAGGACCAGAUAAAAAAGGUGGACAGGUUCCUGUACGCCAUGCGUCUCUCCGAUGAACAGCUCCAGGACAUCUCAGCCCGUUUCCGGGCAGAAAUGGAGAAGGGUCUAUCUGCCGAAAGCAAUGAGACAGCCACGGUGAAGAUGCUGCCCACACACGUCCUCUCCACCCCUGAUGGAUCAGAGAAAGGGGACUUUCUGGCACUCGACCUUGGAGGCUCCAAGUUCAAGGUGCUGCAGGUAAAGGUGUCAGAAGAUGGAAAGAGGAAGGUGGAAAUGAACAGCCUCACCUACCCCAUCCCUGCUGAGGUUGUCAACGGCAGGGGUACAGACCUCUUCAGUCAUGUUGCAGAGUCCCUGAAAGAUUUCAUGGAGAAGAAUCACAUCAAUAACAAGAAAACCCCCCUGGGCUUCACCUUCUCCUUCCCCUGCAGACAGUCGAAACUGGAUGAGGGUGUACUUCUGUCAUGGUCAAAGAAUUACAAGGCCAGAGGAGUCCAGGGGAUGGAUGUGGUAGAGAACUUAAGGCAGGCUAUCAACAGAACUGGGGGUAUGGAUGUUGAAGUCUUGGCUCUCGUCAACGACACAGUAGGGACCAUGAUGUCCUGUGGGUAUGAUGAGCAGCGCUGUGAGGUUGGAGUCAUUGUAGGCACGGGUACGAACGCCUGCUACAUGGAGGAGCUAAGACACAUUGACCUGGUGGAGGGAGAUGAAGGCAGGAUGUGUGUCAACACGGAGUGGGGAGCCUUUGGGGAUGAUGGUGUGCUCGACGACUUCAUCACACACUUUGACCGAGAGAUUGAUGCGGCUUCCAGCAACCCUGGGAAACAGCUAUUUGAGAAGAUGGUCAGUGGGCUGUACAUGGGAGAGCUGGUGCGGAUCAUUCUGCUGAAGAUGACUAAGAAAGGCCUGCUCUUUGAAGGCCAGGCUUCAGACGCCCUUCGGACCAAAGGCAAAUUCCAGACCAAGCACAUUGCUUUAAUCGAAAAGUAUAAGGAGGGUCUGAAGAACACAAAGGAGAUUCUGGUGGAUUUGGAUCUCAGCCCCUCAGAGGAAGACUGCAUCGCCGUCCAGCACGUUUGCACCAUCGUCUCCUUCCGCUCAGCAAACCUCUGUGCUGCAGCCUUGGCAGCCAUUCUGACCCGAAUCCGGCAGAACCGCAAGCUGAAGACCCUCAGGACCACGGUCGGCAUGGACGGGACCGUUUACCGGACUCACCCUCAGUACCCCAAACGGCUCCACAAGGUGGUGCGGCGGCUGGUGCCAGACUGCCACGUGCGCUUCGUGCUAUCAGAGAGCGGCAGCGGGAAGGGUGCUGCCAUGGUAACGGCAGUUGCCCAGAGGCUGGUUAUUCAGCAGUCCCAGAUCAGCGAGACGCUGGCUGCUUUCAAGCUGAGCCUGGAACAGCUGCAGGAGGUGCGGGACAAGAUGAGGACAGAGAUGGAGAGGGGCUUGAGGAAGGACACCCACAGCACAGCCUCUGUAAAGAUGCUGCCCACGUACGUCUACAGCGUUCCAGAUGGAACAGAGACAGGAAAGUACCUGGCUUUAGAUUUGGGUGGGACCAACUUCCGAGUGCUCGUGGUGAAGCUCCGGACCGGCCUUCGUAAAUCAGUGCGCAUGUACAACAAGAUCUACGCAAUCCCUCUCGAGAUCAUGCAGGGAACUGGGGAGGAGCUGUUUGACCACAUUGUCCAGUGCAUCUCAGAUUUCCUGGAUUACAUGGGUAUGAAGAACACUUGUCUCCCUCUAGGAUUCACCUUCUCUUUUCCCUGCAGACAGAUUGGAAUUGAUAAGGGAAGAUUGGUGUGCUGGACAAAAGGGUUCAAAGCCACAGACUGUGAAGGAAAUGAUGUUGUGGACAUGCUGAGAGAGGCCAUCAAAAGAAGAAAUGAAUUUGAUCUGGAUAUUGUUGCGAUAGUGAACGACACUGUGGGCACAAUGAUGACCUGUGCGUAUGAAGAUCCUAAAUGUGAGAUUGGACUCAUCGCGGGCACUGGCAGUAAUGUGUGUUACAUGGAGGACAUGCGAAACAUCGAGACGGUGGAGGGGGACGAGGGCCAGAUGUGUGUGAACACGGAGUGGGGAGGAUUUGGGGAAAAUGGCUGCAUAGAUGACAUCCGGACAAAGUUCGACAAGGAGGUGGAUGAGGAGUCCCUCAAUGUCGGCAAGCAGAGGUUUGAGAAGAUGAUGAGUGGAAUGUACCUGGGAGAGAUUGUGCGACAGAUCCUCAUCAACCUGACCAAGCGUAACUUGCUCUUCCGUGGGCACAUCACAGAGCCACUGAAGACCCGUGGUAUCUUUGAGACCAAGUUCCUGUCCCAGAUAGAGAGUGAUCGGCUGGCACUGCUGCAGGUGAGGUCCAUCCUGCAGCACCUGGGUCUGGACAGCACCUGUGAUGACAGUAUAAUCGUGAAGGAGGUGUGCGGCACCGUGUCUCGCCGUGCUGCACAGCUCUGCGGGGCUGGCAUGGCCGCCGUCGUCGACAAGAUUCGCGAGAACCGCGGGCUGGACCACCUGGACAUCACCGUGGGGGUGGACGGCACGCUGUACAAACUGCACCCACAUUUCUCUCAGAUCCUGAAAGAGACGGUCCGGGUUCUGGCCCCCAGGUGUGACGUCACAUUCGUCCUGUCAGAGGAUGGGAGCGGAAAGGGUGCAGCCCUCAUCACCGCCGUGGCACAGCGGAGGUACGCGCAAACGUAAGCUGUGAUUGGACUGUAGCUUACUCUGCCUCUUCACAGCACACAAAACCAGGAAGUGGGUGGACUAAGCCGAUGCUGUGAAAUAAUUCAUCGUUGACAGGAAGAUGUGAAUCUCGUUCUGCUCAUUCUAAUGUUGAACACCACACAAUUAAUAUUUUGAUAUAUUUUGUGAAAUGUUAAUAAUUUUAAUGUCUGAUGAAAUUAUUUUAAACCUGACAGUGCUGUAAGCCUAUUGACAUUUUUGGAAAUUAAUUUCAGAUUUCACACAUGCAGUAGAUGUACUAAAGGCAUCAUACAUCAUGUUUGUUUGUUUUAGUACUUCUAAUAAGUCUGGAUUCAUUUGGUCUUUUUCUUUAGAAGACAGGAGAUUAUUUUUGUUUGCAUGUAUAUAUUUUGUACACAGUAAAGAACAGUUUAAAGAUG